UAAUAAGCAUAACUUUAUCUUUUGUUCAUUAUGAAAUCCAACGUUUUUCUCGCAAGUCUUUGCGCUGCACUUGUUAGCGGUGCUCCCAGUGGUCUGGACACAAACCCUUGUGCGGUAUGUCUUCUCUUAUUAAACACUUCACCAAGUCUCAUCACAAGAACAUCAAACUUAUAAUAUGUAGCAAUCAUGUUUAAAGGAUUAUGAUAGUAGCUGUGACUCACGCAUACUUUCUAAUGUACUGUCAUGCAUUUCUUCGUCAAACUGCGAUAACUCGGACAAAAUUAGUAAGCAAGCUUUCAAACAAAUUCUGGAAAUUUACUAAUUGAAUUACAGAGUUUUUCGAGAAAAUAACAGAGGCUUGUGGAGAUGAGAAGGCGCAUAUUACCGCCGCACCUCAACCUACACCAACUGAGCAUUGGGAUUUGAAACGAGCCUGGGGACCAUAUCAAGGAGGUGGCCCCGGGCCUGGUGGUUCCUGGUCUGGUAAUAAUGGCCCUUGGUCAGGAAGUGGUCCUUGGUCAGGAAAUGGCCCAUGGCCAACAACUGGUUCUUCGUGGGAUGGAAAGGUAUGGCCAACAACUGGCUCGUCCACAGUAACCAGCCCAUUGGGAACGUUUACAGGCACAAAUACUUGGCCUACAACAGUUCCCUAUGCCAACGGAGGACCCGGAUUUGGGCCAUUUGGAGGAAAUUGGGGGCCUUGGGGUUCGACGGGUUCCUGGACAGCUAGCCCGUUCACCUCUUGGUGGGGAGAUAAAAACUGCCCCGAUGGAACAUGGAGUGGCUGGACUGCUGUAAGUCUUUACGUUUGCUCUUUGUCUGUUUCUGCUUUGAAAAUUUGAAGUCUGAGAAGAAGCCGCUGAUUUCUUUUCUAUAGGGGCCAUGGUCAACAAACGCGCCGUGGACUUCGUGGAGCAAAGGCUGUACUGCCACUACUACUGCUACUUCCACUUAUACCACGAUGGUUAGUGGAAACAUUGUCACCGACACUUCAUAUGGUGUCAAAGUGGCGGAAGCGACUGGCGCAACACCUACUCCUACCAACGGCGGUGUAAAUAACGUCGUAGCUACCGAUGCAAGUACUACAACGAGUCAAAGUGAUGCUUCUCCUAGCAUCCCGGAUCGCAAGAUGAUGAUUGUGCUGCUUUCAGUCGGAAUCGCCUUUGCAGGGCUCUUUUAAAUCAGAGCCCGAGAUGAUGGAAAGUUGUGGUUUCGGAUAAUGUCUCGAGGUGGAUGGAUUUAGUUGCUCUCCAUGCUGUCAGAUAAUUCCGGGGGGGGUCGAAUUGCGUGAAACAAGUCGAAGCUCUAGGAUUUUUAUGAUGAAGUAGGCUGUCAGCUGAUCAGUUUGUGUCAUCCCAGCCACCUAUACUACAUAUG